AUGGUGGAUUUUACUUACAGUUCAAAUAAUGCAAGAUCUCUACUUGAUUUAUGCAACGAAUUAAUUGCUAUUAGGCCUAGAUAUACUGACAGAGAUGAAUUUGCCAUAACAGUCAUUCAACAAAUUUUUGCUGAUCCUUCAUUAGAUUUAUUGGUAAUCAAGCCUAGGGCUGAUACUAUUCAUGCUGAUGCCUUAAAUCGUUUAAAUGCUCUCGUUGGAUUUGAAUCUACUGUUUUUUUGGUUUGGAUAUUUUAA